CACUAAAGCGAGAGAAGUGUUGUCUUGUUGGAGAAAGACUCUGGUCGCUGGUCGUGGUGGUCCUGAUUGUCGACUGGGUUGAGUGGAUGAGAAGAUUAAUGUGUCUGGUGAUGGUCCCUCUUUAUAUCUAUCUCAUCCUCAAACAACAACCAUUCAGGGACGUCAUCAACAAGGAAGGAUUUCCCGUGUCUCAUCGACGAGCUGAACAAUUUGCUGAGAAAACAAUAUCGCAUGGCUCAUUUCGCAAGAUCUCCUAUGGCACGCAGGUGCUGCAGUCCCAAGGAGCGGCAAUUUUAUCGACCGUUAUGCUCGCUUGAUGGAGUGAGUGACGGCGAGCAAGGCCGUGUAGCAGGGUAAAGCAGAAAGAUCGACCCGGCGAAUAGAAUCCUCUGUUAGACUA